UGUCUCUCUCUCUCUCUCUCACACACACACACACACGCACAGACAGACAGACAGACAGAGUGAAGAUGGCGAUGAGAGCAGCUCUUCGGUGUCUCUCCUCUAACUUUUUGCCCAGAGUUGCUCAGCUGUCGCCGGCCGCGCAGCUCUCUGCGUCCCGGCUGCUGUGGAGGAGCGGCGGCUCUGCGCGGACACUGAGCUCGAGCUCGGUUCUCUCCACAGCACUGAGGUUCACAGACAAGCACGAGUGGGUGAAAGUGGACGGUGGGACUGGCACAGUUGGCAUCAGCAGUUAUGCUCAGGAGGCGUUGGGUGACGUGGUUUACUGUGGACUCCCUGAAGUUGGACAAAAACUAGAACUAAUGGAGGAGUUUGGUGCUUUGGAGAGCGUAAAGGCCGCCAGUGAGCUCUACUCACCGCUGACAGGGGAGGUCACUGAAAUCAACUCGGAGCUCUCGGAGAAUCCCGGACUUGUGAAUAAAGCCUGCUACGGAGAGGGGUGGCUAAUCAAGAUGACGAUCGAGAAGCCGGAAGAACUCGACGGUCUCAUGGAUCAAGCUGCGUAUGACAAAUUUAUUAAGUCAAUGGAAGAAUAAAGUGCUGUUUUGUAAUGUUUUGAAUCAGAGAGUUGGUAGACUGGGUUACUAACAUCCUAUGUGGCAAUCUCCUUCUUCUUCUUCUUCUUCUUCUGUGGUAUUUAUUUUGAUACGGGAAUUGUGUCAUCAAAAUAAUUUGAAAUACUCCGUAACAACUACCACAUGUAAAAAAAGGUUACGAUGUGUUUUAGGCACGAGUGAACCUGAAGUUCAGACGCACAGAUUUGGUAAAAGAAAGAGUGAAAAGAAGACUGUAAGUGCUGUGACACAUUCACUGAAUAAAGUUGUUAAUUGAAUUGAAAAAAA